AGCGGGGAUGUGGCUCGCCCGAGGGCGGAGGCGGGGCGGUGCUCCCGGGCGCCCGCUGGUGUUGCGAGACGUCGCAGGGCUGGUGGGUGCUGCUGGACUCAUCUGUCUUCUCAAGGGGCUCUCAGUUUCCCCAAGCCCCUUGGCCCCAUGUACCCCAAGCAGCGACCUGCCCCACAUUCAUACGGUGUGACUUGGGAAGGAGGAUUACUUUGAGGUCUCAUGCCUGCUGCUCCCACACCCCUUCUUCCCCGACCCCUCAUCCCCAGCCUUGGCCGCCCAGGCCGAGUUAUCUGUCUGGCACACAGUUGAGGCCCAGCAGGUUUGAAUGCAAAGCUUUGCCAAUGUCCAGCCCUGAUUGUUUGCCCAACGCCUUCAAGCGUGUUUCCUUGCCUGUAGAAUGGCUGUGAUGUUGCCUACCUCACAGAGUGCUAAUAAGAAGUGAAUCCUGCUUGUUGCAGCCUCCCUGUUCCCGCACAGGCAAGGGACAGGUCAAAUGUUGGUCACACGUCACCAACCAAGAGAGGUGACAUAUAGAUUCGUGAAGGAGCCAAGAGGCCACCGACCAAGGGCGAGUAGGGGUCAGGGAAGUGAGGUUGGGCCGAGACCUGGGGCUGCUGCAUUACAAUACUAAUAUCUUGCAGUUAAACAGUGAGGCCUCCGCGCCAGACACACACUGUUCUAAGGCUUGACCUGCCAUUAAAGUCCUUAAGACAACCCAAACCAAAAACUGAGCAAGGGUGGAGAUACGCUGGUGGGAAGAAGCCGGGGGCGGGGGGCUCUCCCCAGGCUCUCAAUUAGGCCUGAAACAAUACGGGAAAUCCGGGCGGGGGAGGGAGAGCAGGCCUGCGUGCUUUGGAACGCCGCUCCCGGGGUCCUCUCCAGCGCAGUUAGCAGGCGCGGGAGCUGAGACUGCGGACUGCGCAAGCGCGCCGAGGCUCUCCGCCUCCUAGAGCCCGAAGCAGCCCGCAGAACGGCGGAGGCAGCGCGUUGGUCGCGGCCCUCUUUGGCUGCUGGUUGCUCCUGGGCGGAGCCCGCCCCGCGGUGGCUGGCCGGGUCAACCCGGUCGGCCCGGUGAGUGUCCUCCCGCCGAAGGAGGGGUUGUGCGUGAGGUCAGCAGGUUGUCCGAGAGCCGGCCAUCCUUGCUCCGCCCCAGGGCGCCGGGGCAGAGUCCUGCGGGAGGGUCCGUGCUGAGGCGACGACAAGGUGCCCUGUGUCCCAGGCCCAUCAAAGGAGAGGUGCAACAAGAAUGCUUUGCCUGAUAGGAACCUAGGGUGCUGCGUUGGAGGUGUGCAACGGAGGCUGGUUGUGGAUCAGAAGGAAGAGAGGACCCAGCUCUUCCUCCUUUCAGCUCUGGUUCUCCAUCAGCCCCAGAGGGGCUGCCACUGCCCAGUCACCACCUGACCCUGGAAGGGGGAUCGGCGUGGGAGACAUCCCCAAAGCUUCUGGGAACAAGACUGUGGUACAGUCCUCCAUGAGCCGCUCCCAGGUAGCCCUGCUGGGCCUGGGCCUGCUGCUUAUGCUGCUACUGUAUGUGGGGCUUCCAGGACCAUCUGAGCAGACCUCCUGGCUCUGGGGAGAACCCAAUAUCACGAUCCUGGCUGGUCUCACCCCUGGCGACUCCCCCCUUUUUUACCGCGAGGUGCUCCCCCUCCACCGGGCCCGCAGGGUGGAUGUGGUGCUGCUCCAUGGAAAGGCCUUUAACUCCCACACGUGGGAGCAGCUGGGCACGCUGCAACUGCUGGCGCAGAGGGGCUACCGGGCCGUGGCCCUUGACCUCCCAGGUUUUGGGAAUUCGGCACCUUCAAAGGAGGCAAGCACAGAGGCGGGGCGGGCAGAGCUGCUGGAGCGAGUGUUACGGAACCUGGAGGUGCAGAAUGCCGUGCUGGUGAGCCCUUCCCUGAGUGGGCGCUAUGCUCUGCCCUUCCUGAUGCGAGGCCACCACCAGCUGCAUGGAUUCGUGCCCAUUGCACCUGCCUCCACCCAGAAUUACACCCAGGAACAGUUCUGGGCUGUGAAGACCCCGACUCUCAUCUUGUACGGGGAGCUGGACCGCAUCCUGGCUCAGGAGUCACUGCAGCAGCUCCGCCACCUGCCUAACCACUCUGUGGUGAAGCUGCGCAACGCAGGCCAUGCCUGCUACCUCCACAAGCCACAAGACUUCCACCUCGUCCUCCUUGCCUUUCUUGACCAUCUGCCUUGAGCUUACCCACUGCCCAGGCCCAGGCUUGGCCUAAGCUUGGAGGGUCUGAACCAGUCCUCACCAGGGAGGCAGUCCCUAGAAUUGGAGGGCAGCAGCCAGAGGACCAGGCCCAGUCAGGACCUCUCAUUUCAUCUCAGAGGCACAAUAAAAAAGAAAACAAAAAUUUUUGUUA